CAAAGGUCGAAUACUCAUCCAGUUCAGAUACCUCCCAGGCAGGCGCCGCCUCGGCCGUCCAUUUCGGUUUCCGCAAAAACCAAGGACAAGCUACAGCAGUUCCAAUUCCAGCAGUCUGCGACCGCAGAAACCUCGGAUCUUACGCCUCUCACAGAGGAGGAAGGCAAGCAGAAACCAAGAGAUGACAAGUCAGUGACGCCUGUCAGUCGAUUGGCCUGGCAGGAUCUGAUGGGAGGGCUAGACGCCGAAACACAAGACAACAAUACAUCUCCCAAUGAGCACCUUGAGUGGCAAAACAGAGAAGACGAGAUUGCCGCAGCCAUUUCACCAAUCAUCAGGCGUCGAGGAAAGAAGCGUGCCCGGAGUUCAUCGCCAGUUUCUUCUCCAGCAGUCGAGAAGCGCAGGACACCAACUGUCAACACAACAAGGUUAAAGCAGGCAUUGAAGUUGCCAGAUGCCGAUCCAGCUCUCGACUUAUGGGAUCGCUUUGCUGUGGGCGACCCGGAAAGCAGGAACCCCCUGGGCGCGACGAAUCCGGCACUUGCACAUCUAAUGGUGUCUUCCUCCCCUCGUCCACCGAAGGAGGCAAGAAAUACGAGCCAAAGUCAUGGAGAGAGUGGACUCAGACGAACAAUGAGUUGUGGGUCUCACUGGCCGAAACGCCGACGCAUCGAAUCGACUUCGGAAACCGGCAUGUCGAGGGAACAGAGAGAUACAUCAAAAUCAUCCAUGAUCACCUCGCUUCUCAAGACUGUUAACGGCGAGAUCAACAAUUCUGACGAUCUGGAUGCAGACGACGUUGCUAUGGAGUCACCAUGUAAGAGACGACACUCGCCAACAAGACAAGAAUGGUGUGCCGAGGCAGCGGGGUCGUUACGGUCUUCACAGGCAAAAAUAUCAGCAGUGACGACGGACCAAGCUCAGCAAAUGGAUGAGGAAGAUAACGACACCCCUACCUCGGAUUAUGGAGACGACACCUUUGACGACGACGCCCUCUGGGAAAUUGAUGCUUCCUUGCUUAGUGAACAGGUGCAGGAAGGACGUCGCAUGGCUGCUGACCAACCCAUGCCUACGGAGGAAUCUCGAAGGGAGCAGGAGACAUUGCUCGAUGAUGAUGAGUUCGGUGAUAUUGAUGACGAUCUCCUUGCGGCCGCCGAGAACAUGCUCGCGGACUCCAAGCCAGAACCAAGUUCACGAUCCGGCAUAUCAGCGCCUACAAAUGCUGCACAAGUGGAUAGUGGCACGGACGGUUCAGAUGAUAUAUAUGACGAUGAGUUUGGCGGGGACUUUGACUUCGAGGCCGCUGAGCUUGCUGCAACUCAAUCGGUGGAUCAGAAAGCUUCAUCGUUAUUGCCUGUGAGUCAAAGACGGGCAGCAAUCCAGAGAUAUCUGGUGACGAAUGUACUCCACAAUGUCUACACAGAUGACAGAGGCCGAGACGCUCCGGAAUUGGUAUUGAUUGUUCAGGCGGACAGGUCGCCUGGCUCCAAAACAGUGCAUCUUCGUGGAGACUGGGCUGAUACGCCUGCACGCCCCAAAUCCUUUGUUCACAUCAUUGGCGACUUCGAAUCAAGCGGUCGGUGCAUCAUCGACAAUAGCAGAAAUAUCUUGAUCCUCCAUCCAGAUCAACUCAUCUCCGCCACAGUAGUGGCCGAUUCUUUCAGUUGCAUGCGACGUGCUGUCCUACAAGACCGUGUGAAGGCUACAAGUGAGGCUUCGGCACCACUUGUGUACGGAACACUGCUGCACGAGAUCUUCCAGGAAGCGCUAUUGGCCAACAAAUGGGAUCAGGGUUUUCUCAACAAGGUGAUAGACCAGGCGAUGAAGAAGCACAUCGAGGACCUCUACACCAUCAAAGUCAGUUUCACCGACGCCCGAGAGCAUCUUGCGUCCAAGAUGCCCGAGGUUCGAGCCUGGUCGGAAAGGUUCAUCUCAUCAUUCCCCAAGCCUGAUGCUCUCGCGCAAGGCCGGAACAAUGAGAAGACCAGUAUCUGUGUCAGCAAGCUGCUUGAUAUUGAAGAGCACGUCUGGUCACCUUUAUAUGGUCUGAAGGGCAACAUCGAUGCCACCAUCCAGGUGACAGUCAAGGAUGCCCAAAAAAGGAAGACUCUGACAGUUCCCUUUGAGGUCAAAACGGGCAAAAACGUCAGCGAAAAUCACCAAGCUCAGACCAUGUUAUACAACUUGCUUUUGUCGGAUCGAUAUGACAUCGAGAUCAUGUACGGCAUCCUGUACUACAUGGAGACGUCUCUCACCAAGAUUAUACCUGCAGUGCGCAACGAACUUCGGCACAUGAUCAAGCAGCGCAAUCAGCUUGCCGUCUAUAUCCGCGAGCGAAGUGUGCAAUUGCCCCCAAUGAAGAAGAGUAAGCAUAUGUGCGGGAAGUGCUAUGCUCAAUCGUCAUGCUUUGUGUAUCACAAGCUUGCAGACGACGGCGACGGCGAGACAAGUGGCGUGAAGGAUAAGUUCGAUCAGAGCGUCAAGCACCUGACGCCAACGCACCAAGAGUUCUUCUUGAAAUGGGAGGAUUUGUUGACCAAAGAAGAAAAGGAAAGCCAGAAGCUUCGCCGUGAGCUGUGGACGAUGUUCAGUGGCGAACGGCAGAAGGUGGGAAGGUGUUUUGCCAACGUUAUCAUCGAAGAAGGGUCGGCGUCCGAAGACUUGCACACCCAAAAGAUCAACCGUUUUCGGUACACCUUCAUCAAGGAGGACUCAGCACCCGGGUUUUCCUUCAUGGACUCCCAGCUAGGGGUCGGAGAACCUAUUGUGGUCUCUGACGAGCAAGGACAUUUUGCCCUAGCCCUUGGCUUCGUGACAGCCGUUAGGAAGCAGCGAAUCAGCGUAGCAGUGGACCGAAGACUUCACAAUGCUCGCAUUCGACAGCCUGGCUUUGACGAGCAUACCAAUCAGGUCUAUGCCGGUAUCAUGGAGGUUGUGCCCGAGGGCGUGAGACCGGAACAGUCAAGUGGCAAGAUCAAAGAAGCACCACUCAAGUUUCGGCUUGACAAAGAUGAGUUCAGUAACGGCAUGGCGCUUGUGCGAAACAACAUCGUGUCAAUCAUGACCGACUCUCAGGUUGGCUCUGAAAAGAUCAGACGCCUCGUUGUGGACCUGAAGCCCCCGGAGUUCAAGGCGGCGGCCACACAGUAUACCAUUUCUGACAGAGACAACCUGAACGUGGACCAGAGGAAGGCCAUCGAGAAGGUCAUGAGCGCCAAGGACUACGCCUUGGUGCUUGCGACGCCGAACACCUUCUGCACCGGCAGUGGCCAGUCCUGCUGGCUUCGCGACAUGAUUGAUCCCGAAACGCGUGUGAGCUUCAUCAACACGGACUACCUCCCCUCACCCCGCGAAGAAGCCAAAGGGAAUCGGAUCGUCAACCCAUGCGAAGCGCGCAUUGUCGUGCAGCUCGUUGACGCACUGCUCACUGUUGGUGUGCCAGCAGCCGAAAUUGGCGUCAUGACACACUACCGUUCCCAGCUGUCUCUCCUGAAGCACGGCUUGCGCGGCCACGGUAAUGGCGCGAUUGAGAUGCACACAGCAGACCGAUUCCAAGGACGAGACAAGGAAGUCGUGAUUCUGUCGCUAGUCAGGUCAAACGAGGCCUGCAACAUUGGCGACCUGCUCAAGGACUGGCGGCGGAUCAAUGUUGCCUUCACGCGGGCCAAGACGAAAUUACUUGUCGUGGGCAGUAAGAGCACAUUGAAGGGCAGCGGGUGCGAGGAGAUGCUGGCCAAGUUCAUCGGAUUGAUGGAAACUCGAUGCUGGAUUUAUGACAUGAAGCAUGACGCGCUGGAGGCACACUGUUUUGAGGAUGCACAGACGCAGAUCACCGCUACAGGGAGGAGGGGAAGUGUAGAUGAUGGUAUUGGAAGUCCUAUGAAGGGCAUCACCAAAGCGCCCAAGAAAAGGAACCAGGGCACCCGUCCGGAGGGCAAAGAGAAUGUGCCGCUGAGUGCGAAAAGGGCGUCGAUUAAGCCCGAAGUUGCUCUGAAAGGGAAGCCGAACGUGGCAGGCAUUUUGAAUGAUAUGAUGGGUGGGAUUUUCUAG